AGUCUUCUGGUCUAAACUCAAGUCUGUCUCUCUCAAAAUCCUUCACAGGGCUUUCAAAGAGCAGCAGAAGCCGUUUUCCGAGCGUCUAUCAUUGAGACCGGGGAAGAGGAUGAUGCUCCCUCGCUUCAGGAAGCGCACGCUAAUCCAUCAGUCUUAGAUAAACUUCCUCGGGCUUGGCUUUCAUUUAUGAACCAACGACACCAAUAGCAACUCCACACCUCAAAAUGGACGCGUCUCAUUGCCGUUUGAGCAGGAGCAGUCGGUAUUGCGCGCCCUCUGGUGGUUACAGAGGGAAUGACGUCCACUCAGAUCCGCUAGGUCGCUCGCUACCGCUGUUCUUAUACCCGACUCAUGUUGAGCAGCGAGUUUAUGACGGCUCGUACUGUGGCGGCGCGUCACUACUGUCAUAUCUCCCGCCGUUCCACGGCAGCUUCGGCGUCUACGAAUGCCCAUUCGAGCCCGCCUUCAUCCAGAAACGCAACGAGCGGGAACGCCAGCGAGUGAAGUGCGUGAACCAGGGAUACGCCAAGCUACGCGACCACCUGCCCAACGCAACCACGGACAAACGGCUGAGCAAAGUGGAGACGCUGCGCGCGGCCAUCCGCUACAUCAAAUACCUACAGGAACUGGUGGAGAACGCGGGCAGCGCAGAGGAGAACGCAACGGCGUCGCCUCUUUCCAUCUCCGAAUCGUCUUCUGAAGACUCUGUUGGGAGUUAAAGACGUUCAGAAAACAUCGUAUCCUAGCGACUUUUAUCAUGCACCAACUUUGAUUCUGAGUGAUUCUCAAAUAUUAGCAUGUUUUAAUAGGGGCUUUCGCUCCGGGUAGUUCUAGGAACGGGCCGCCAGGGUGUUG